CGGAGGAGUAGAGCGAUCGUCGCGGCGGGCGGCGCCGCUGUGCGGGAGGGGACGGCGGCGGCGGCGGCGGGACGGGAGACGGAGGAAGGCGGCGGGGAAGCGGCAUGGGCGCCUGACGCCCGUCCCGUCCCGCCGCCGAGGGACGAUGGCGUGGCCCCGCGGCGGGCGGUGGUUGCUGGGCGUCCUCCUCGCCCUGUGCCGUUUGGCUGCGCCGCUCGCCAAGAGCCUGGAGCCGGUGUCGUGGAGCUCCGCUAACCCCAAGUUCAUGUCUGGGAAGGGGCUGGUCAUCUACCCGGAGAUUGGGGAUAAACUGGACAUUAUCUGCCCCAAGGCGGAGCCAUCCAAGCCUUACGAGUACUACAAGCUGUACCUGGUGAAGAAGGACCAGGCAGAUGCCUGCAGCACCGUCAUGGACCCCAACGUGCUGGUGACAUGCAACCGGCCCGAGCAGGAGAUCCGCUUCACCAUCAAGUUUCAGGAGUUCAGCCCCAACUACAUGGGCCUGGAGUUCAAGCGGCAGCAGGAUUACUUCAUCACAUCCACUUCCAACGGGACGCUGGAUGGCCUGGAGAACCGGGAAGGAGGGGUCUGCCAGACACGCUCCAUGAAGAUUGUCAUGAAAGUGGGGCAGGAUCCUAAUGCUGUGAUCCCCGAGCAGCUGACGACGAGUCGGCCGAGCAAGGAGGCCGACAACACGGUGAAGAUCGUCACGCAGAGCCCACGCAGCAGGAUCCCGGCUGUGGAGGAGCCCGGCAAGCCGGGCUCCGUCAACCAGGAUGGCCAGGAGACCCAAGGCCCCAGCGACGGCUUCUUGAGCUCCAAGGUGGCCGUUUUCGCGGCCAUCGGCGCCGGCUGCGUCAUCUUCAUCCUCAUCAUCAUCUUCCUCGUCGUCCUCCUGAUCAAGAUCCGCAAGCGGCACCGGAAGCACACGCAGCAGCGAGCUGCAGCCUUGUCCCUCAGCACCUUGGCCAGCCCGAAAUGCAGCGGGAACGCGGGCUCGGAGCCCAGCGACAUCAUCAUCCCCUUACGGACUACAGAGAACAACUACUGCCCGCACUAUGAGAAGGUGAGCGGGGACUACGGGCACCCCGUCUACAUCGUCCAGGAGAUGCCCCCCCAGAGCCCAGCCAACAUUUACUACAAGGUGUGAGGAGCAGCCUGGGCAAAGCCGCCGAUGCAGGAGCAGGGGAGCGCCGAGCGCGGGGGGAACGGCCACCCCCGGCUUGUCCCCACGGGUGCCCCGGCGCCGGGAGGAAGCGAAACGACCCCCCCGGCGCGGCGCGGGGAGCGCCAGGGUCCGGCGCCGGAGAGCGGGGCGGAUGGAUGGCUCACUCGCACGCUCCCUCCCCCCUCCCCUUUGUAUUUAGUUUUGUAGUUCUCAGCUUUUGUAAUCCCGAGACUCAAGGGUGAGCCUUCAGCGUCCUCCUCCUCUUCUUCGGCAGACUGCGGCCGGCUGGGGGGGUGGGCGCCGUGCCUUUCCAUGCCGGCUCGGACACCGCCGGCAAACCCGGACACUCCACCUCCCGUUUUGGUUUUUGGGGGUUCCCCUGUGCCGUCCCCACCUGCGGCCUCGCGCCAGGUGCCCGUGUGCCCAAGCGCCGGGGAGCAGCAAGCAGCCGCGGCGGGAGGAGGAGGAUGCUGCUGCCUGGGUGCCAAGAUGCAGACGACUGUGCGGGGAGGAAGCUGCCAAACCCCAUUUACUACUACUACUAUUAUUAUUAUUAUAAUUAUUUUAAUGUUUUUGUACCGUUUUGGUUUGUGGGGCUGGCGGGAGGGACCCGCUGCUCGCCCCUCGCCUCCCCCCCCGGCGCCCGUCCCACCGGCCGCGGGGCACAGCCCCCGCUCCCAGCGCUGCCCUUGGGAACUUUUGUGUUCGUAGCUGUUGACUCUUGUUUUAGUCUCUUUAUAAAAAGAAAGAAAGAAAACAACCCCACACCCCGCGGGUAUUGCUGUGUGUAGCACGUGUGCAGUGUUCGGUGCGGGCACUCCUCCCCCUGCCCCACUCCCCAACACCCCCGAGGGUGCAGGGAAGAGCCUUUGCUGAGGAUUUCCAUCGGGCUGGGGCUGAGCCUGCUGGAAGGGAAGCAGGGGGCAGUGGGAGAGGGCAGGAGGCCAGGGGGGUGGCUGCAGUCCCCCUGGUCCCUGCCUCCGGCCAGUGAUGCUGCGGGAGGCUGUCCUUGGAGAGGAAAAGUGGAAAACAAGCGCUCCGCAGCCAGUGCCGGGGGCAGCUGGGGGUGCUGGGAGAAGGGCAGUGCUGGGGCUGGCAGCCCUCACCGUCCUUGGCUGGGCUGGGAGCAGAGACCAAAGCCUGGCCUCCCACCUGGCUCAUGGGGAUGGCCCAGGGCUCCUCUGCUGAGCCCCCAACCUUGCUCUGCCCUGAUCUCCUUCCCAAAACUGGAAGGGGUUGAGCCUUGGGCUCUUCUGGUGGGAUCUUGACCAGCUUCCUCCUCCCGAGAGCACCCGCCAGCCCGGCGGCUGAUGCUGGUGAGCGCAGUGGGGCCAGUGGUGCUUUGCCACUCGCCUGUCCUGGGGCUGUCCCCCUCCUUCCUCGGGCUGUCCCUCUCCUUCCUCGCUUUCUUUUCCUUUCAGAAGUAGCUGCUUUUGCUCAGGGAGCAAGCGUGGGCUGAGCAGUUUGGGGUGGCACGAGGCUGCCUGGCCUGGUUCGUCCUCGCCUGUCCCCAGGGCCCCAAAACUCACAUUAGGAAGUGCCCAAAGAGCGAGAGAGCUGCUCUGCAGAAGUGCCUUGAGGAGGAGCGGGCAGGGGGGCAGGAGGGGCAGAGCAGGAGCAGCGGGCCUGUCCCGCUGUGUCACGUUGCUGGUUGGGUUUUUUUCGGAGGCAGGAGUUUGGGCUGAGCCAGCUCUGCCCCUGCCCUCAGCAUCCCGAGGUGAGGAGGGCUUCCAGGGCCCUCAAUGGGCUACUGCCCUGGGGAGAGAAGAGACACAGUGGCUGCUGCCCCCAGCCCAGCCCUUCUCUCCGCUCGCCUGGCCUCUGGAAGCACCUUUCAGUCCCCCUUUCCCCCAUGGCAUCGUGCCAGCACUGCCCACCCCGGGCUGCUGUUGGCGGGCCGGGACCCCCCAUCCCUGCUGGGGUCUGCUCGCAGAACUCACAGAAAGUUGUGUCUUAAAGGAAAUCCCCCUUUCCCUCACCAGUGCCCUCUUCCUGCCAUCUGCAAACCCAGGGCUCCGACGGCGAGGUGGCAGCGAAGGCGGCUCACGGCCGGGGACGAUGGGGGGCUCGGUUCUGGGAAGGAGCCUGUGCGUGGGUCGUACCACCAGCAGGGCGAGGGUGCUGGGUGGCCUCCUCAGCUCCCCUCCCGCUGCUGGGGGCGGCUGAGAAACCUUGUAAAUACGUGAAGAAAGGGUGAAAUCUGGACUCUUGGGUUUUGCUGAGCGCCUGGGGCUGCUGGGUCCCGGAGCAGAGCGUGUCCCUCCCGGAGCAGAGCGUGUCCCUUCGGCUCUGUCACUGAAACAUUGAAGUUUGGUUGGUUUUUUUUCCUCUUUUUUUUUUUUUUGGCUUUUCCCCUCUUUUUUGGGUUUUGUUUGUGUAAAUACUAGUCUUUUUUGGAAGAAAUAAUGUAAAGAUGUUUUGUAUAAACUCUGAAUUAUUUUCUGGUUGCUUUUUCUUAGAAAAAAAAAAACAAAUGAGAACUAAAAAAAAAAAGAAAAAAAAAAAGGAAAAAAGACGAAAUUGUAACGAGGAGAACGGGUGUGAACCAUUGUCACAGAGGCUCGGCCCCGAGCUGCCCCCGGGGCUGUGCUGGCAUGCAGGAAGGGGGGAGGGAUGCUGCGGGUGGCCCCCCGGGGCAGCCGGGGCUGUGUAAUGCAGAGUGAGCCAGGCCCCAAGCAGAGAGCAAGGCCGGGAGCGGGGCUGGUGAUGCCCCUCGCUGCUGGCACAGCCCCGGCGCUCCCGGCACGGUCAGACCCGGCUCCUUCCCGGUGACGUUCUGGCUGUGCUGGGUCUGGGCAGAGCUUUCAGCCCCGGCCUGAGCACGGGCAAGAGACUUGGUAACACAAGGUGAGCGGAAGGAGCAUCAAAUUGAUCUCCUUUGCUACGUUGAACCAAAAAAACCCCAAACCUCAGGAUGCAGAACUCCAAGCAGCAUCCCGAGCCCCCGAUGUGCUUUCCCAGCCCUGGGGAGCUGCUCCUCUCGCAAUUCCCUUUCCCCAGCUGUCCCCAUUUCCCAGUUGCCAGCCACAGGCGCUCUGUAGCCCGUUCUCUGCUUGGUGCCGGGGCUGGGGAUGGCUGCUGUUCCGCAGUGCCCGUGGGCAGUGCCGGGGGCCAUGCCCAUCAAAGCCAUCUCCGGUAUCACCAGCACCUGGCACUUCCUCGGGAGGCAGCUGGGACCGCCUUGUGCUCCCAGUUGCUCACAGGAGCAGGGUGGUUGUCGGUGAAUCUGCAUUAUAUCAGCAGAGGGUGAGGGGGGCUGCCCUGGGGGGGUUUGGAGGUGCUGGAGUGAGGCUGCUCCUCCCUCCCUCCUUGGCUCCUGGCUCGGAGCCCUGCUGCACGCCAGCACACCCACAUUUCAGAGCCGUGACCACGUCUCCAUCCCACGGCCUGCGUCCGCACCCUCGCCACGGUCCCACGUCCCCGGAGAGGUGGAUGAGGGUGGGAAAUCCCUGUGCGAUCAACCAGCCGCGGGGCUGCUGCCCCUGCCCGCUACCCUCCCCAGGGCUGCCAGAUCCUCCCUGCCCAUCCUGCACUGCCAUUAGCCCAGAGGCGGGUUUGGACCCGGAGCCCAGCGCAGGGCCCGAGGGCCAGGAGCUGCCGGGGGAUGCGGGGCUCCGGCCAUGGCACAGAAGGUGCUGGUUCCCUCCGUGCCAGGAGCUCCGGGGAGGCUGCUGCAGGGCACGUCCCGCCCCGGGGCUCGGCGGUCCCGCGCUGGUUGAUCAUCCCCGGCUCCCGCUGGGGCUCCGGCGGUGCCGGGCACCGGGGUCCCCUCGGCCGCGCUUCCCGGUGCCGCAGACUUUCGUUUCUUUGUGUCAUGUUCCUCUUUUUGCUUCCUUUCGCCUUCUCCCCAGCUCUCCCGCCCAGUAGCAUAUCAUCGGCAUCGGUAACCAGCUCUGUGGCAGCUGAACUCCAUGGAGCCGUGAUGGAACCUGAUAUAUUGUUAAAUAAAAGGGUUUUUUUCCUAUGGAA